AUGUUUCCUGAUGAACCGGAUGAACGAGGUUUAAAAUGGAGGAGAGAAUUAACCAGUAAAUAUCCCAAGUGCUACUAUAUGCAGUAUGGACCAAUUUUGCCUUCGGUCUGUUUAAAUGCUCCAGAAACUGUCAAGAUACUUCUGAAAACGGCCGAACCUAAAGGUAGAUUGUACGAGUUUUUGCGACCAUGGCUUGGUGAUGGACUACUAUUAAGUAAUGGUCAAAAAUGGGCCCGUAAUCGAAGACUUCUGACUCCAGCUUUUCAUUUUGAUAAACUGAAAUCAUAUUUAGACAUUAAAAACAACGCUGCCAACGCGUUUUGUGAGAAUUUGAAUGACUUUGCAGCUACUGGAGAAUACAUUGAUAUUUGUCAACCAGUGACGAUGUUUACAUUAGAUGUUAUUUUGAAGUGUGUGUUUUCUUAUGAAACCAAAUGUCAGUCUACUGGAGAAAACCACCCUUAUGUUAAAGCCGUGUCCGAAUUAAGUAAAAUUUUAAUUAGAAGAUUUAUGAAACCCUGGUUGCACAACGAUUGGAUAUUUUCCCUAACUAAAGAUGGUAAAGAUUUCAAGAAAUACUGCGACUAUGUUCAUGAAAUAGCUAGUGAUAUAAUUUCCAAAAGACGACUCAAUUUAGAACAGCAAAUGUCACACCAGAAGAAGUACCAUGAUUUCCUUGACAUUCUUCUACGAGCUAGAGAUGAAAACAAUGUUGGUUUAACUGAUCGUGAAAUACGAGAUGAAGUGGAUACAUUUUUAUUCGAGGGUCAUGACACGACGGCGAGUGGUAUUUAUUGGACAUUAUUCUCCAUAGCUCAGAAUCAAGAAAUUCAGAAAACAUUACAGAAAGAAGUUGAUAGUUUAUUAGCAAUGAAGAAUACUGAUGACCUCAGUCCAACAGAUUUAACUAAACUACCAUACCUUUCCAUGUGUAUCAAGGAGUCUUUACGGCUCCACAAUGUUGUUAGCUUUAUAAUUCGACAAACACAACAAGACUAUAUUAUAGAUGAGAAACUGCUGCCCAAAGACACCACGGCGUCUAUUCUGAUUUACAAUGUUCAUCAUAAUCCGGUCUAUUGGACCGAUUCGUUGAUUUUCAAUCCAGAUAGAUUUCUACCAGAAAAGAUGGAAAAGAUGAACCCGUUUGCACAUGUUCCAUUUUCAGCAGGACCACGUAACUGUAUCGGGCAGAACUUUGCAUUGCACGAAAUGAAAGUUGCUCUUGUAAAGGUGUUAAAUAGGUUUAGUAUUGAACUCGAUCUAGAUCAUUCGGUAGAGAAAAUUGAAAGUGUGAUAAUGAGAGCUAAAUAUGGUAUUAAAAUAAAGGUUAUCAAACGGUAA